AUGACGGUUGCUGCUGCUGGGGACUUUAUCGGCAUGCGGUCCUCGUAUUGGCGAACCGAGGAUUUGUUGAAGCUGUCGGACGCGCACUCCAUGGGCCUACGCACGCCGCCCAGAACAGCCGGAUGGCAGGGGCGACAGCUUCUGAAAGAUGGCCAACCUGCUGGACUCAGAUGUGCCUGGAGCACGUGUGUCCAAUGCUGGGUGACGUUUCGGAGCGAUCUCGGAAAAGUGUUGCUGAGGUCACGUGGGGACAGCAAGGCACAGCAAGGUACAACAAGCAGUUCACAUGUCCCAAGCCUCGCUCUGACGUGA